AAGGGAGACUGGGAUCUUGACACAAAGACAAGUGGAUUUGGAGCAGAAUCCUGUCUCAGUGAUUUCAGAUGGGGUGAUUGACAGGUGGAUUAACCAAUCAGAGAGGCAUUCAUGCCAAAACCAAACAUGGCUGCUUACACGUGAAAAAGGAAGAAAAUAAUUUUUGAGAAACAUGAUACAAAUGAGCAACUGUGGUUGGACCAUCUCAAGUUCAAAUAGAGGAUUUUCACUCUAUCUGUGUAACCCCUCAGUCGUCCAGGUCUGAUCCACAAUUUUCACCCUAGAUCCUUCUGGACUCGAUCAGAAUGUAGAAGGUUCUGGCUGGUGAGGCAAACUUUGGCAUCGUGUGUUGGCCUGAUCUUACCAGCAGAUGGAUAAACAGCAGCCAACGCACUGGAACUGUACCGGCUGUGCAUAGAGUGCCCCCCCAAACACCAUCACUCUUCCUCCGUGACAUUAGCAGACACAUCAGCCAAGCAAAUAACCAUAGAUAACACAUACGCUGGUGACGACACCGUUUUUGAUUGGCUGCUGCGUUUACUCCUCUUUUCUGAUUGGCUGUGAGCACUUCCGCACUCUGGACCAGGAAGCCGGUACGUGACGCUCCCUUUCCCCGCAGCUCUCGGCUCAUUCAACCCUCUGCGCCCCUCGGACACUGUACUGCCUCCGCUCCUCGUUCACUCGGCUCCUCGUUCACAGCUCUUUCUACAAAGUGAACUAAUCCACAUCUCCAAACAUGGCUCAGAAGAUCAAGGCCGGUUCAGUGGUGGAGAUGCAAGGAGAUGAGAUGACCCGGGUCAUUUGGGAGCUCAUCAAAGAGAAGCUGAUCUUUCCCUACCUGGAGCUGGACAUGCACAGCUUCGACCUGGGCAUGGAAAACCGAGACGCAACAAAUGACCAGGUGACCAUAGAGGCAGCGGAGGCGGUGCGUCUCUACAACGUGGGCAUCAAAUGUGCCACCAUCACCCCCGACGAGAAGAGGGUGGAGGAGUUCAAGCUGAAGCAGAUGUGGCGCUCGCCCAAUGGGACCAUCCGGAACAUUCUGGGAGGGACAGUGUUCAGGGAGGCCAUUAUCUGUAAGAACAUUCCCCGUCUGGUGCCCGGCUGGAUCAAACCCAUCAUCAUCGGCAGACACGCCCACGGAGACCAGUACAAAGCCACAGACUUUGUGGUGCCUGGUCCUGGGAAAGUUGAAAUGACGUACACGCCCACUCAAGGAGAACCCGUCAAGUUUUUAGUUCAUGAUUUUCAAGGCACAGGAGGUGUUGCUUUGGGUAUGUACAACACUGAUAAAUCCAUCAGGGACUUUGCGCACAGCUCUUUUCAGAUGGCCCUAAACAAAAACUGGCCUCUCUACCUCAGCACCAAGAACACCAUCCUCAAAAAGUACGACGGGCGAUUUAAAGACAUCUUCCAGGACAUCUAUGAGAAGGAGUACCGCGCUCAGUUCGAGGCUAAAGGGAUUUGGUACGAGCACAGACUGAUUGACGAUAUGGUCGCUCAGGCCAUGAAGUCUGAAGGAGGUUUUAUUUGGGCCUGUAAAAACUACGACGGGGAUGUGCAGUCCGAUUCAGUUGCGCAAGGUUAUGGCUCCCUGGGCAUGAUGACCAGCGUGCUGAUCUGUCCCGACGGUCGCACAGUAGAGUCCGAGGCCGCUCAUGGUACAGUGACACGCCACUACAGGCAGCACCAGCAGGGCAAAGAAACCUCCACUAACCCCAUCGCCUCAAUCUUCGCCUGGACCCGCGGCCUGCUGCACAGAGCCUCACUGGACAACAACAAGGAGCUCAAGUAUUUUGCAGAAGCCCUGGAAGCAGUUUGCAUUGAAACUAUUGAAGCUGGUUUCAUGACCAAAGACUUGGCGAUCUGCAUUAAAGGCCUGCCUAAUGUGACACGCGCCGACUACUUAAACACAUUCGAAUUCCUGGAUAAACUGGCAGAGAACCUGAAGGCGAAGAUGGCCAACCAGCCCAAACUGUGACCACACCUCGAGGAAAAGGGGCUGCGAUCACACACCUGGGGGGGAAGGCGGCGAAUACAAGGACACACAAAUCAACGUAAUCAGCACAUUAACGUAAUUCCUGCAGCUACGGACACAUCGUGAGACUGAGGUCAUGUCUGAGGAGCGAAACCGUCCAGCAAACAGUGCCUUGUGCUGAAGAAACGAGAGGAGAGGAGAGGUGACGUCCCGGUAUUACCUCAUAACUGACAAAAAUCUACUGUUUACGGUCUGCUUCAAAUUGGACAAAAUAACAAUGAUAAUAUAAUAUAACAUCUAAAAAAACGUACAUCAUAAAUACAAACAUUCUUGAUAAUUAACUGUGUCAGUGCCAUAGACAAAACAAACCGUCCUGGUGCUUUUUUUUUAAUUAAUUAACACUAUUCACGAAGUAUUACAAGCACGGGCCAUAGACUGUAUAUAUAAAUGGACAUGGCUAACCCGCUAGCUAGCAUUCCAAACAGGAAGUGAGCAUGUCCGCGCUUCCGGUUACAUCGACUCUACACGAUCCUGGGGUUUUUAUGUCACGAUUGCGUCCAGAAAUCAAGAUAUAAACAGUAAUAACAGACAAAUCUUUUUUUUUCCUCAAAGUUGCUCCCUCUAGUGUUGGCAACAGGUAACAACAUUCCUAAUAUGCAGCUCGGCUCUAAAUUAGCCGCUAUAACUGCGAGCGUCGAUGAGCUUCGUUCCACGUCUUUAUACAGUCUAUGGCGUGGACAAAGUGACUUGUUUUUAAACUGUUCUACCUGUAUUUAUUUGGUUGUGCGUCUGUGUAACGUGCAGUUUGUCUGUGACUCACAACUCGCCGUAAAAGUAGAAGUGUCGUCCGGUCCCAGCUCUGAGUAUGCAAGUUAUCGUGAUUUCUGAUUAGAGCCUCAUAAAUGUUUUUUUUCAGUUUGUUUUGUAACAGUCUUGAGUUUUUUCCUCAUCUGGUUUUACAUAAAAAGAUGUCGCUCUGUUUUUAAUUCUUGUUUCGAAUCAUUAAAAUGUCUUAACAGCUCAGUACAAUUAAAUGGAAGCAGAAAAUAAAACACACGUCUGGAUUAAUCAUGGGACUUUCGGCUCUUUCGUGAGAUCUGAUUCUUUUGGUUCUGUUCAUUUCAAAGAGCCGUUCAAAAGUCUGGCUCUUUUACUGUUUAUUUAUACGACAGAAUCAUUUUAUCUACAAACUCAUCACGACCGAGGCUUAAAUGUGUUUAAAAUGGUUCAAACUGAGAGAGUUUUAUCCUUUGGAAUUAUAGAAAUCUACAUAAGUUGCAGAACAAAAACAAUAAUUAUUCAAAAUCUAACUGUUAUUAUGAUGCCAAAUAUGUUUUUAUUGUGCAAAAAUCUGUCUCUAGUGUCACCUGCUCUGCUUUUGUUCAGACUGUGUGGUUCAGGGUUAAUCAGGAUAUAAAUGUAUGUAUAUAAAUUGGUCAAAUGCAUAUAUAUAAAUUUAUAAACUGGUGAAAUAUGUGUAUAUAAAUUAAUAAAUUGGUCAAAUGCAUAUAUAUAAAUGGG